UUAUGACGGCAAAUUAUUGCGAAGUCUGAGCGUAACAGAAAUUCAAAAGGCCGUCACGCCUGAUUGCCCUCGUGUAGCGCCAUCGCACCAACAGUGACCUCAAGUCAUUUUUCUUGCUUCCUCUGCCAUCGCCUUCUCGUUAUAAACCAGCAUCCAUGGAUAAUCUAAUGAACCGACGACGCUCAGAGGCCUCCCGCGACAGAGAAAGAGGCAUGUCCGCUCUCGGCGCCAAGAUCAACCGAGCCCUUAGUGGGGAGAGCAACAAGAACAGACCCUCAGACAGAGAAUCAUUCGCCAGCACGCUCGUAGACCAGCCUGGCGUUCCUUCGAAUGGUCGCAAGCCGCUGGCCUCAUUUGGCCGCGGCGGGCUAGGAAACAUCCGACCUCAACCUUCACCCCCAACUCCUCAAUCUCCCCCAGACGAAUCAGAGCUGCGAGGCAGAGACCGUACCAUCAACCCCCACAUCCAACAUCAAAAGCUGAUUUCCACAGGCCGUGGUGGGGCAGGGAAUUUCCGCACAGCGUCAAACUCACCGCACGAGGACAUAAACAUAAUCAGGAAGCAGUCAAAGAGUAAUGACGGAGAAUCUCGUUCAUCCGGACGGGGGGGCUUGGGGAAUAUCACUCGUAUUGGCGGAGCUCAUGAGCCUAGCACGACGUCCAAAAACUCUUCCACUGCGAACCGAUAGGUAGGAUAAAUUGGCAUCGUAUCACUUGCUUAUGCUAAUCAUAAGCUUUUCAGGUAUGUCGCUGCAGCUCUAAUCCCAUCUGUAAUAUAGAAA